AUGAGCACAGCUUCGCAGCCUACGAGCUGCUCGACCGAGGGUACGGGAAUCCGGAAAACGCUGAGGAGGUGGAAAGACAAGUGGAGGACGAGUUCGACACCCAGCUCGCGCACAUCCAGUCCCAGAGCGCCAUUAUCACGACUCCCAUCAAACGCAUCGUCGGCGGCUCCUUCACAUAGAUCGAAGCCUGCGACAGAACCGCUCCCUCCCAUUCCCGCUUCACCGCCCCCGGUCCCAACCGCUCUCUUCACACCCACCACAGAAACCUUCAUACACUCGCCGGCAGAUCCUAGGAAUAGGUCACGGAACUCUUCCAACACGUCGAGUACCUCACCGCCUGGCACGCUGAAGAAGCCGAGACCAGUGUCGAGGAGGAACACAGCGCCGUCCGACUUCCUCACCAGCGCGCUUCCGGACGAGAACCGACUACCGGAUCAUCGAGACUUGCCGAUGAAUGUAGUCACCACCACCAUAGUCGCAGGGAACGGCGGCGACAAGCGGAAGCGGACUUCACGACUACGACUGUCCAUUUCUCGAAGGGGCUCCAUACUAUCGUCGUCGCCGUCGAGCCCGUCACUGAACAGCCAGUUUGAGCGGAGCAGCAGUCGAGCGACGUCGCGCAUGGAGGAGCGCAGCACGAGUCGAGCGGCGAAUCGCGUGUCGGUAGUGCCCGAGUCGUGGUCACCAGUUGAUCGGGUGGACAGCGAUCGCGAGACGCUGUUUGAGGAGACGGAGCUGAUCAAGAGGAGACCGAAGGAGCUGAAGGAGUUGGCGAACGAGAGGGACAUAGGGACCGUAGAGCUGGCGUAUCAGUAUGUGGGCAGCAGAGACGGACGGACGAGCUGA